AUGGUAUUUAUUCUUCUGGAUGUUGAAGCGCAUGUGGUACAGUUAGAACAUGGCGUUCGUGGUCACUCGCUCCUUUUUCACUACUGCCUGUUAAUACUGAUCAUCAUGGCUACGCCGUCCGCGCAGCAGGUGGUCAUUGGUUGCCGAGUCGGUGACCAUGAAGAAUGCGACGAGCUAUGUAAGCUUGAUAAUUGGCUAUACGGCCACUGCUCCCACGUAGAUACCGAUAGCUUGCAGUGUAGAUGUUUUCCUUAUAAGUCAACUCUGAAUCUAGAAGCAUGCAACAAGCAAGAGCAUGUGAGGUGUCAUCGCCAGUGUCUAACGAACGGUCGAAAGGCCGGUGGCUAUUGCUAUCUUCAUGCGAACUUCGAUCAAGACCCGGGGACACCCAGAUGUGGUUGUUUCCAAAGAACCACCGGCCAUUAUUGA